AUGUCACUCACGUGGCCGUGGCAUUUUGUGUCGGUCUCUCCAGCCGAAAAGCAACAUCGUCGGGAGCUUCUCGAUCUUCGCGGAUACUAUGCUCAAGGCUCAGUCCUGCUCGUCAUUGUUCUUACUCGGCUAUACAAGGUCUAUUCUGAGAGUACAAAGAGCGCAGACAGGCCUAACAAUAGGCGCAGUCGUAGGCCAAAAUCAUGGUUGGAUUCCCCACCCCUUGCAGGCUGGGUCGAAACGCGACGACAGUAUAUAUUCUCCUUGAUCUGGCUUGGAUGGCUGUUGAGCCUUUCAGUAUGGAAUACAGGGGAUGAUUAUCUUCAUCUCACCAAAGCUCUCGGCCACGUUGGCCUCUCACAACUCCCAUUCCAGGUUCUUAUGUCUCCUUCUUUAUACAUUAUCACUUCAAAAUCAGGUUCACCGUCAAUCCUGUCUGUCUUAAUAUCCAUUCCCCAGCCGGCAUUAACACCCUACCAUCGCCUUUUGGGCCGACUGGUUCUCCCGCCUCUUCUUGUUGGGCAUGCUACGUUGUAUCUGUCAUUCUUCGUGCAGUCGAGUCACCCUGACUUCAGCUCUUUAUUUGCGAAACGAAUCCAAGACCUCGAUGUUCAGUGGGGUAUUAGUGCUGUGAGUAUAGCGAUUCUCCUCCUGCUGUUUGCACGGCCGUUGAGUGCAUCACGUGGCGUGUGGUCAUGGACGACGGCCUCGGUUAAAACCAAGCGACAAGUCUUUUAUAUAACACACAUCUUUUUGGUGGCGACGCUGUGCCUCGCUGCUUACUUUCAUGUCGUCCACGCUCGAGUGUUUGUCCUUGAGGCAUUGGUGGGCUUUGCGAUCAAUGUGGCAUGUUGUUGGAUGAAGGGACGAUAG